AGAGGAAGGCGAAGGGCGGGAUGGAGAUGGAGGAGGAAGAAGAGGGAAGCAGAUGAAAGCGACACAAAACGAGGAGGGGGUUCACAGGAAGUGGGGAUCUUUAGGGGAGGAUAUCCUCCGCCGGCAGAGAGACUCUUAUGUUGUUUGGGGACAAGGUGUCCUUCCUACAGCUGGUCCCCCAUCCCCCCCUCGGCCCCCGAGGAGGCUCUGAUAACAGCCAUGCCUAAAUCUGAUUCACAGGCUUGUUUUACGCACAGUCUCCUUGUCCCCAUCAGUCCAGCCUCACCAGGGACGUGACGCGUCUGGAAGGUCUGAAACAGGAUCAUUUGUCCUGAGAGCAGCUCAGACGCCGGAAAGACGAUCUGUUACCUUUCUGGAGAAACGUGAUAUAACGAGCUCACAGCGCUAGCAUGCUGAUGUUUAGCAGCUGAUUGAAACCCGACAGGAAGAAGGCUUCUCUGCAAUCAUGCAGAAGGUGGAGGGACAGGUGACCCCCGUCAACCUGCCUUCUUCCAGGGGCCUGAGCACCCCGGGGUCUCCCGCCACCAGCAUCACGGCGCGAGUGGACGACCAGGUGGUGGGCUACAGAGACCUGGCAGCCCUGCCCAGAGACAAAGCCAUCCUGCAGGUGGAGAGACCGGACCUGAUGACCUACCAGCCACACCUCAGCUUCUCGCCGCUCGACCCGCCACGCAGAGAGAGAUCUCUGUCCCCUCCGUCCACGUCUCCUCCCAGGUCUCCGGAGGUGAAGACACGCAGAGCAGAAAGUGAGAGUGGAUCACCUGGAGGAUCCACUCUGCAACUGCAGGCCACACGCAAGAUCAGCACGAGCCAGCAGCACUUCCACAGACCAGAUAACGGAUCCAACAUCUACAGGAAACCUCCCAUCUACAAGCAAGAUGUUAACAGACAUCUGGAAGGCGUCAUCCAGUCAGCCAAGUUCCCCGCAGCUCAGCCUCCAGAUCCCAACCUGCCGUCCAAGAUAGAGACGGAGUACUGGCCCUGCCCGCCCUCGCUGGCCGCCAUGGAGAUUGAGUGGAGGAAGAAGAAGCUGCAGGAGGAAGAUGAGUUCGAAGACCUGACGGAUGAGGCCAAGACGCUGCAGGAACAAGAGCUGGAAAAGAUCCAGUCCAACCUGGGUCGCCUCAUCCUGAAGGAGGAGAAGGAGAAGGCUGUUCACUUCCGGAGGAAGACGCAGUCGCUGCCCGACAGGACGCACAUGCACGCCAGUCUGUCGGCGAGCGCGUCCAAGUCUCCGUCGCGCUCGGGCUCGGGGCUGACCAGAAUGCAGUCUGCUGAGUUUUCCACAGACGGAGACAAAGGACGGCCAGCUGCUCAGAACGGAGAGGCUCGGAGGGAGAGGAUGGACAGAGGAAACUCUCUGCCGAGUAUCCUGGAGCAGAAGAUCCAUCCCUAUGAAGCACUCAUGGUGACCCACAGAGGGCGCUGUAAGCUGCCACCAGGAGUCGACCGCACUCGACUGGAGAGGCAUUUGGCUCCGGAGGAGUUCGAGCGGGUGUUCGGGAUGCCGAUGGCCGAGUUCGACCGCCUCUCCUUGUGGAAACGAAAUGAACUGAAGAAGAAAGCCUCGCUUUUCUAACAGGAAGUGACCUCAUCCUCCGCAAAAAACUUGACGAAGGAGAAGACAGGCCGUAGAGCGAUUCAUGACAUCAGUCCACGUGAACUAUCAGUCCUCCAUCGAACUAACCAAUCACGUCCCUGGAUGUGUGCCAGCCCCGUGGAUCAGAGCUGGCCCUGACAAACCCUUUACUGCGACUAACCUUAACUGAUGCACUGACACUCAGACAUAUUAGCUGCACUUAUAAUCACCACCGCUUGCGUCGUCCUCAUUACGUGUCCACUCAUCAUCCUCAUCAUACGUGUGUUUUGUCUCAUGGAGCUCCACAGGUCUGAAUCAGGAAGUGAGAUUAGCGUGUUAGCAUCAAGCUGGUUCACUUUUAACUGACAGCAGGUUUACUCCCAGGCUGAAAAGUGAUUGAAUCUGUUCGGUCUCUUUUAUUCUCACACCUGUCUCAGGUGGAUCAUCGCCUCAGUUCUGGGAGCCUCCACUCAGCGGUACUUUGAACCAUGUGACUAACAACAUGCAAACAUGCUCACACUGACAGUGCUAAUUCUCAUGUUUAGCAGAUCUUAGUUUAGCGUGUUAGCGUGCUAACAUUAGCUAAUCAUCGGUACAUAUUCAGCCUGUUUGACUGAGCACCUGUAAUCUGGAUGUUGUUGCUCAUCUAUUGGAAAAAAUUCCACUAAGCUGACUAAACUUAACUCUGUUUCAUCAUUCACAUGGCGUCCUGUAUGUCGCUCACGGGUCAGAAGAUGCUACGCGUUCAGCUGCGAGCUAACCGGGAGCUCACUGGACCAGUGGGUAACCAGCUUCAUGUUGACAGAACUGGACUCAGUUCAGAUUCAGUCCUGUGAACCAGCUGAUUGAUGUGAGGAGCUACUGUCACUUAUCAAACGUAACUGAUUAUAAUAUCUAUUUAUUAUGUGGAGUUUUUAUUUAUUUGACGAUUUUUACUGCCGCAAGUUUGUUUGCUAUUGUUUUUCGUAUUUUUUCUGUAAAUGCAGAACCAACUGAUGAUUUUAUUCCUCACUUAAACUGGCCGCUGAGUUAAAUUUCCACUUGACAUGUAAAGGAGCAGUUCGCCCUAAUCAACAUGGUAGUGUUGGUCUCCCUGCCGUCACCUUCAUGCUCAGUGUGUGUUCUUUAAGCUUUCUUCAGGUUAACGCCUGCACAUCGUCUCAUUGUUUCUGUUGUGCGAUGUAAAGGAGUCAAAUAAAUCAGAGAAAAA